CCACGCCCGCCGCCAUGAGCAAGGGCGUCUUCAUCGCCAACCGCGGCGAGAUUGCGCUGCGCGUCGCCAGCACCUGCGCCCUCUUCCCGCUGCCCGGCAGCGCGCAGCCGUCGGCACAGACGGCCUUCCAUGCGCUCGCCGUCGCCUCGGCCGGCGAGGCAGACGCAGCGCACAUGCUCGCCGUGCCGCCAGCGCACCGCACGCUGCUCCAUGCCGCCGGCGUGCGUGCCUACCUCGACGCCGAGGCGCUCGUCGCGGCCGCCAAGGGCGCGUCUGCCUGGGGUGUGCACCCGGGCUACGGCUUCCUCUCCGAGUCGCCCGCCUUUGCGCAGGCCGUGCAGGCUGCCGGCCUCGUGUGGAUCGGCCCGGACCCGGCGCACCUGGCGCGCUUCGGUGAGAAGACGAGUGCGCGGCGCCUGGCGGCCGAGUGCAGCGUGCCCACGCUGCCCGGCACUGCUGGCGACGCCGCGUCGCUCGAGCAGGUGCGCGCUUUUGCACAGACGCUGCCGCGCGGCGCAAAGGUCAUGAUCAAGGCCGUUGCCGGCGGCGGUGGGCGCGGCAUGCGCGUUGUGCCCGUCGACGACGGUGAGGCGGCCCUCUCGCGCGCCUACGAGAGCUGCGCGCGCGAGGCGGGCGCGGCGUUUGGCGACGCCCGGCUGUAUGCCGAGCGCUACCUGGAGAAUGCGCGGCACAUCGAGGUGCAAGUGAUUGGCGACGGCAGUGGCGACGUGGCGCAUCUGUGGGAGCGCGAGUGCAGCCUGCAGCGCAAGCAUCAGAAGCUCGUCGAGUUUGCGCCGGCGCCAAGUCUGUCCGGCGGCUCAGCAUCGCCGCUGCGGCAGCGCCUGCUGGCCUCGGCGCUGCGCAUGGCGUCGGUGGGCAAGUACAAGUCGCUCGGCACGUUCGAGUUUCUGUGUCUGCCCGACAGCGGCGAGCACUUCUUCAUGGAGGCCAACCCGCGCAUCCAGGUUGAACACACGGUGACGGAGCAGGUCACGCAUCUCGACCUUGUGGCACUGCAGCUGCGCAUCGCGCUCGGCGAGCGCCUGCGGGAUAUGGGCCUUGGUGAGGCUGCCGCGCCGCUACCGUUUCCACUGCUCUCUGCCGUGCAGCUGCGCAUCAACUCGGAGACGCUCACUGAAAAGGGCGAGGCGCUGCCCGCCGUCGGCGCCGUGACGGCCUUUGCCCCUCCCGCCGGACCCGGCAUCCGCGUCGACACGGCUGCGCACGCGCCGCACGGCGGUGUCGUGUACAGCGCCAGCCCGGCGUUUGACUCGCUCAUGGCCAAGGUCAUCGUCACGGCGCCGAGCUUCCCUGCAGUGCUGGCGCUGGCACGCCGCAGCCUGGCCGCGUUUGUGCUCGAAGGCUGUGAGAGCAAUCUCGACUUUCAAGCAGCGCUUCUCGACCACCCAGCCGUUGGGAAGAAUCGCGUGCACACGGCAUUUGUCGAGCAGCACUGGGCGGAGCUCUUUCAGGAUGCUUCACGGCGAAAGGCAAAGCGCACGUCCGGCGAGAAGAAGGCUCCCGCUCCGGCCGCAGCUCAGGCCAAGCAUCAGCAGGCACCGCCGGGCACUGAGGCGCUCGCGCUGCCCCUCUCUGGCAUCGUCACGGCCAUCAGCGUCCAGGUCGGCCAGGAGGUCGGCGAGGGUGAGCAGGUGGCUGUCAUCGAGGCGCUCAAGAUGGAGCACGUCGUGACGGCAUCGCGCGCCGGGCGCAUCGAGCAGAUCUGCACGCAGCAGGGCGAUGCCGUACAGGCGUCCUCGCCGCUGCUCUUCUUUGCGCCGCUCGCGGGCUCGUCGCGCGCCGCUGCGGCGGCCAAGAAGCAGCUCGACCUGGACCACAUCCCGCCGAAGCUGCAGCAAUUCUUUGACCGGCAGCGCCUGGCGUCACCCGAGUCGAUGACCAGCGCCGUCAAGCGGAGACACGAUGCUGGCUUCCUCACUGCGCGCGAGAAUCUGGCGCUUCUCGCUGAUCAGGGCUCGGUCAUUGAGAUUGGCGCGCUGGCGCUGGCGGCACAGCGGACGCGUAUCUCGGAGGAGAAGCUCCUGGCGAACACGCAGGGCGACGGCAUCUUGACGGCGUGGGCAACUGUGAAUGCUGGGCUGUUUGAGCAAGGUCCGUCACGGCCGGGCGCCGAGUCGCGCGCCCGCUGUGCCCUGUUUCUCGGCGACGCACAGGUGCUCGCAGGCACGCAGGGCUACUUCCACCACCUCAAGCUUGAUCGCCUGUUCCGCUCCGUGCUCGAGAAUCCUGCGCCUCUCAUCAUGUACGCCGAGGGCGGCGGUGGCAGACCUGGCGAUGUCGAUCUGGCGCCGCUCAAGGCAGGCGGUCUCGAGGGGCCGGCCUUUACACUCAUGGCAAUGAUCCGUGCCCGUGGCUUGCCAACCAUCGGAAUUGCCGCUGGCUACGUCUUUGCGGGCAACGCUGCGCUCCUCGGCACGUGCGACAUUGUCAUCGCCUCGCUCGGCGGCGUCGAGGGCGCGCCCAAGCGGCUUCCAACGAGCAUUGGCAUGGGCGGCCCGGCGAUGAUCGAGGGCGGCGGGCUCGGCGUGUACAAGCCGUACGACAUUGGGCCGCCGCUUGUGCACGCGGAGAGCGGCUCUGUAGACAUCGUUGUGCCGACGGACCGCGAGGCCGCGACGUUGACGAAGAAGCUCUUGGGCUACUUCCAGGGCCCGCUGCCCGCUGCCCACUGGAAGCACACCUCCGACCAGCGGCGCAUGCGCCACGUGCUGCCCGAAUCGCGGCUGCGCGCCUACGACGUGCGCGAGGUCAUCGGCCUGCUCGCCGACGACGACACGUUCUGCGAGAUCGGCGAGGCAUGGGGCAAGAACCUCAUCACGGGCUUCCUGCGCGUCGAGGGCCAGCCGCUCGGUGUCGUCGCCUCGUCGGUGGCCUCGCCGCUCGGCGGCGCCAUCGAGGCGGCCUCGGCGCGCAAGGCGACGCGCUUCGUGCAGCUGCUGGCGCGGACGCAGUGUGCGCAUCUUGUUGUCCUCGUCGAUACGCCGGGCUUCAUCGUCGGCGGGCCCGAGACGGAGGGCGAAGGCGGCCUGCGCGCGUUCCCGGAGCUCUUUGCGGCGAUGUCGUCGCUGACAGACGGCGGCGGCCGCAUCUUUGCCAUCACGCUGCGCAAGGCGUUUGGCCUCGGCGCGCAGGGGCUGCUCGGCGGCGGCAGCCUGAGCAACCACAGCAGCGUGUCGUGGCCGAAUGGCGAGUGGGGGCCGAUGGGCGUCGAGGGUGCGGUGCGUCUUGGCUUCCGUAAGGAGCUCGAGGCGGCCAAGUCGGAGGAGGAGCGGCAGGAGCUCUUCAACAAACUCGUCGCUGCGUCGUACGAGCGCGGCGCCGCGGUCAACGUCGCGGCCAAGAUGGAGAUCGACGCCGUCAUCGACCCCGCGGCGACGCGGCACUGGGUCGCGACGGCGCUGCGCAUGGUGCGGCAGCGCGUGCCGACGUGGCAGCAGGCGGAGCCGUCGCGCUCGCGGCUGUGACGUGGAAUGCAGCGUAGCAGACAAAGCGGCGCGGAGGGGCGGUGUGCUGAGGCGUCGCCGCAAGUGGUGCCCUGGUGUCGGUAAGCGGCAACAAUGCGGAGCCGAGCUGCCCUGCAAGCGCGCAGGGAGCACGAGAGGCGGCGACGGGCAGCAUCGCACGAGCAUGCUCAUCCACGCGGCUCUGAGCUAUGCGAGGCGCGCCGCCCGCUCUCACAUUCGCGCUCUGGAGCGCUGUGUCGAGCGCUGAGCUGCAGACGGGUC